AUGUUCAAAACUACUGCUGCACUUGUAUCCAGACACUACAAGACAAGCAUGAACUCUCACCACAACAACAGCACAACCAUUCCCACUCCAAUCCCCAAUGGAAUGAACUACAUUGUCGAUCCUAAUCGAGGCGAGACACUUAUCGAACUGAGUCUCCCAUUUCUUGGAGAGGAAACGGAUCUCGGAAACGUCGCAUUGGCGAACAAGCACAUUCGUGAUUGCCAUUGGUAUUACUUGUAUGUGUGUAUCAGUCAAAAAUAUCCAACAUUCCAAUUGGAAGGUCUUAGACCUUUGGAGGAGCAGAGGGAAAAGGCUGACAUGUGUCUUCCUCCUUGCAUUGUCGUUGAUCCAAAUUUUGCGCCAAAGACUUUCCAACCAGGCAACAACACCUUUCCAGUGCCCUUGCCUCGUCAACCAAAAAUCCUUUAUGAUCCACGUUGCAUUGGUGCCUUUGAAUCAUAG